GUGACUGUCUGUUUAGCAGCUAGGUUUUUCUGAGGCGUAGACGCACGGGAUUGAGACCCAAUUUUCUAUUUUUUUCCGAGUAGAUCAAAACCACGUAGCUAGAGAGAUUCGCAUCCUCAAGUCAGCAUGAAUAUCUAUCAUUGUUGUAUUGAUAGCUGCAGUGUUUCAGUUUUGCACCACGUAACAACAAACCCUCGCUCGGUGUUUUGAUCUGAAAUGGAGGAAGUGAGAGAGCCCCUUUCAUCCCGAGUGCAAGAACAGCCUCCUAAUCCAAAAGAUGAUGGAGUUCCUCCUCAUCUAAUCAGAUAUCUCUACUUUGGCCACUUUUUAUCCAGAUGGGGCACCAGGGUGUGGGAAUUUUCUGUUGGUUUAUACAUGAUAAGCAUUUGGCCCGACUCCCUACUCUUUGCUGCUAUCUAUGGAGCGGUGGAAUCGGCCUCCACGGCGCUUUUCGGACCCUUAGUUGGACACUGGGUGGAUAGAUUUACAUAUAUAAAGGUUCUCCGGCUUUGGUUGGUAACACAAAAUCUCUGUUCUAUUAUUGCUGGAGGCACUGUGAUGGCAUUACUGGUCUACUCUGAUUUAAACCGCACAAAUUUUCAUGCGUUCAUCAUGCUAGUAAUAUUAACCAACGUCGCAGGAGCUGUUGGAGUUACUUCUACUCUCGCCGGCACCAUAUUAGUUGAAAGAGACUGGGUGGUGGUGAUAUCGGAAAACCAUUCUAAUCCAGAAAUACUGACAAAAAUGAACUCGGUCCUUCGGCGUAUCGAUCUCUUCUGCAAGCUAUGUGCUCCUGUGCUAACUGGCUUCAUUAUCAGCUUUGUGUCCCUAAAGGCUUCUGCUUUAACUUUAGCACUCUGGAACGCUACAACUAUCUGGUUGGAAUACUGGCUUUUCAUGUCUGUAUACAACGGGAUUCCGGCUCUAGGCGAAAGCAGCCAACGGAAGAUAUCAAUGCCUUCAAGAAGUGAUGUGUCUACUGAUGGUCAGGAGACAAGCAGCUUGCUUUCUCAUGAUAAAAACGAUUUGGAACCGGCCGAGGUAAGCUGGAUUAAGAGAGUAACUGAAAUGAUCUCAAGGAUCCCUUAUGUGGCUGCAUGGAGAGUGUAUUUGCAGCAAGAUGUUGUGCUCCCUGGUGUUGCUCUGUCUCUGUUAUUUUUUACUGUGCUUAGCUUUGGGACAUUGAUGACAGCUACACUUGAAUGGGAAGGCAUACCUGCAUAUGUCAUUGGGAUAGCACGUGGAAUCAGUGCUGCAAUUGGAAUUGCUGCAACAAUUGUGUACCCUAUAGUGCAAUCUCAUAUUCUAAAACUCAGAACCGGACUUUGGUCCAUCUGGUCUCAGUGGACCUUCCUCCUACUGUGUGUUGCUUCAAUUUGGAUAUCUAAUAGCAACUUAUCAGCAUAUAUGCUGAUGGCAGGAGUGGCUGCUUCUAGGCUUGGAUUGUGGAUGUUUGAUUUAGCGGUAAUCCAACAAAUGCAGGAUCAAGUUCCUGAAUCGGAUCGAUGUGUAGUGGGAGGUGUUCAAAACUCCCUUCAGUCAAUUAUGGAUCUGAUGGGUUAUGUCAUGGGAAUAAUCGUCUCUAAUCCACAGGAUUUUUGGAAGUUGACUUUACUGUCUUUUGGUGUGGUGACAUUGGCUGCAUUGCUCUAUACUCUGCACCUCUACCGCAUCAGAAAGCACCUCAUUCACUUUGAGAAGUUGUAUGCCUUUUUUAAAUGUUUCACAACAUCAUCACAAUCUGCAAUUGCGUAGUUGGGUCUCCAAUUUGCUCCUAUUGUCCAUACAAAACUUUUGAAGUUGGGCCUCCAUCACGCAUGUAUAUAGGAAUUGGUCAUUAAUAUUACGGUUUAGUUAUUUUUCUCUGUUGUAAGAGCGAGGCAUCAAGUUCAACUCAUAUAUUGAGAUCUAAUUAUGAUGGGCCCAUUGUGUAAGUAAGCUCAAAUUCCUUUUCCCCAAGUAUUGUUGUAUUAAAUAAAAAAAGAAAUUAUCUUGAAAAAAA